UCCUCCACCCCGUCGGUUGUCCGGCCCGCCAUGGCAGAUUCGCCGACGUUGCACCGGAUCACCUCUUCGGCCUUGCUGAACCCCGACGUGGUGAGCGAGGCCAAGAACACCUUCGUCAGGCUGGUAUCGGGGGAGUCGACCAAGGAGAGGACCUCGCGGUCGAAGGUCCUGGCGGCGCAGCAAAUGAUGAGUUUACAAGGCGGCGCUCGACCUCUCCGAGCGGCCGUGGGACGUCGCAGCUUGAACAGCAGCCUCUGGCAGCCGGGGCCAGUGACAGGACGCCGUGGAUCAUAGUGGGCCUCUUUCUGGGCUACGCCUACUACAACACCCUGCGCGGAGCAUUCCCAAUACAGAUGCUCCCCAGGAUCGCAGAGGAGUUGAAGAUUCCCGUCAGCAAGAUUGGGUUGCCGAACUCGGUUUUCUCCGCGGCCUACGGCCUGGGGAAGUUCUUCGGUUCGAUCCUGACUGAUUACCUCCCAUGCGCUGAGUUCCACACACUGGGGAUCUUGCUCUGCGGCAUGGACGUCGCGGCUGUCAGUCUCUGCCGGGGCAUUGGCAGCAUCGCGGCUGCGUGGAGCCUGCAGGGUGCUUUGCAGGCCCUCGGUUGGCCCUUUCUGUCGCGUGUUCUGCUGGACAAGCUUCCCAAGGAGCAGUGUGCGAAGUAUUGGGGCGUCCUAUCCAUGGCUGGCAAUGUGGGCGCGAUGGCGGCGCCCUAUGGCACACUGGCAACGACCCGCCUCGGCAUGUCCUGGCGUAGCACCCUCCGCAGUUUUGGAGCGAGCUCAGCCUUUGUCACGCUUGUAGUCCACGCAAUGCUCCGCCGAGGCGGCGCGAGCAAAUCCUCGAAGGCCGCCGUGGCCAGUAUGAGGACAGAUGACGGCUCGAGGGCCGAGAAGGCGCAGGUCGAGGUGAAGGCGGCCAAGGCCACCUUCCGCGCUGCCAUGCUGAAGAUUCUGCGCAGCCCGGCGAUGUGGGCCCUCUUCUUUUGCAACAGUCUCAGCUUCGGGGCCUCCAAGUGCACCAAAGAGUUCGAAUCACAAAAACCGGCAUACCUAUACUUUCAGAAAUCAUGCUUUAGCAUGUGCUCGUUCCUCCAGGAGUGGGGCUCCAUGUACCUGCGCGGCACCGGCCUCGCCGCCACGGAGAUGCAGACGGCCACCCUCUUGUUCUGGGCCGAGAUCGGCGGCUCCCUGGGCGCCGCCUUCUCGGGCGUCGUCUCCGCGAGCCUGGGGGGGCGCCACGCGCUGACCUGCACGCUCUCGGCCCUCCUCGGCCUGGCCUCCACUUCCGUGCUGGCGGUCAGGAGCUUCGCCUGGCGGGGCCGCGGCGGCGCCCCGCUCUCCUUCGGCGCGGCCUGCGCCCUGCAGGCGUGCAGCCUGGCGGGCAUCAACGGGGUCAGAACCCUCGCUGGACCGCGGAGCUUCGACAAGGUGGCGAGGCACCAUGGGCUGCAACUCGGCCCCGCCAACGGCCUCGCGGAGCUCAUCGGCCAGGUGGGCUCCGUGCUCUCUGGCCUGCCCGUGGGCGCAGCGGUCGGCCGCGCCACGUCCGCGGCCACGGCGGCAGGCUUCUCCGACGACCGUGCGACGCGAGCUGGGUGGGCCGCCGUGCCAGGCAUCCUGACACUCGCGUGCGGUGGUAUGUCCAUGGUGAACCUGGCACUUUUGCCAAGCGAGCGAUCUCGCCUGGCCUCGUCAUCAAAGUGUGAGCGCGUGGAGCGCGUGGACGCGACCGAGGACGAGGAGGUGACAGAGAAGCUCAAGGGCGCUUGAUUAUUUACAUAUGCUCUCGGCAGUGUCCGGCGUAUGAUUAGAGCACAGAGCGACUAUAGAGGCCCUGUUGAACGCUGCAAUGCCAAGAAGCGAGUACAGAAGCAUUACAGUACAUUUCGUUGAGUCAGGAGUUGAUUCAGCCACUAGUCAUUUUUUCCCGCGUCAAUUUGUUUCAUUGGUUUGCGCUCAUGGCGGUAGCCUAACCAAUUGGUUCAGGUGCGUGCAGGCUUGUACAUACCCCAAUGCGUGCAUCUGUUCGGGCACAUACUAGCAUGUAUAUCGCACAUGUGGAUCUCCACAUGUGACUUCACGCAGGAGCGCAUGCACUUACAUCGGAUUUUCCAGUAAGCCUCGCCGACCCAACCGCCAUGGCCGCUGUCACCCACGAGGGUGUUAUGAGAAGUGUGGCCUUGACGUGUAGGCAGAGUUCUUACUCACUGGCCACGAAGAGCUAUCAUGGCAGCUCGCCAGAGGCAACAGCCUCCAAUUGGAUGAGCUCGCACGCUGAAGCCACAGCGCGAAUGCGCACUCGGCCGUUGGUGCCCAGACCCCCGAGAAGAAUGAGCGAAAACAUG